CUCAUUCUGAUCCCUCGUCACUGGGGGAGGGCAAGAGGAAGAGGUGGAGUGGGGGGGGGCAGUGAGAAAUAGGGCUGGCAAAAAUAAAGGGAAUCAGAUUAACCAGGCUGGCCCGAAGCACGAACAAUCCAAAGUUUGUCUCAAAUAAGUUUUGUAACAAAUGUCAUGAAUUCGCCACUAGUGGGAAAUAAUUCUGAGGAGAAAGAGGACAAGGUACAUAAAGGGAAAGGAGACACGGCGGAGCAGAAUGGGAGUCUACAGAAGGAACAGUUGGAGUCCCCAAACUCUGCAGAAGUACGAAUUGAGGACAUGGAACUCCGGGAAGAGUGGCAGGACGAAGAGUUUCCAAAACCGCUUCCCGAAGACAACGAUGCCGUGAUGGAGGAUGACCUAAAUGCCAAUGCAGAUGUCAACAGACCUGUGCCACCAAACUCUCUACAACUUUGUGGGAACAAGCACAAGAAACGGCUCCUUGCACCAGCAAUCAGUUUGAACCUGGAAAGUAAUGAGGAAGUGACACGCUCUGAGGAGAGGACACCGGAUGAGUUGGAGGGGGAUUCCUGUGAUAUAAAUGUAGAUGACUUAGAAACUCCUUCAGAUAGUGAAUCCUUUGAAUUGCCGGAGAAUGGUAAUGAAUUUGAAUGGGAAGAUGAUUUGCCACGGGUGUAUCGCUCAUUAUCUGACACGGAGAGCUUCCAGGGCCACGUGACAGAUGAAGAGACGGAAGAUGGCAAGUUGUGGAGGGUCUUCCAUAUUGGGGAGCAGGAGUAUCGAGUGGAUAUGGCUGUCGUGGAUCCAUACAAGGCAGUCAUUUCUCAUGGAGGUUGCUUUGGCGAGAACCUAACAGCAAUCAUUGUGUUUUCCUCCUGCUAUCUGCCUGAAAGUAGUCGACCUGACUAUGAGAAUGUAAUGGAAAAUCUCUUUAGGUAUGUUAUUGGAACUCUGGAAUUGUUGGUGGCCGAAAAUUAUAUUAUUGUGUAUCUAAAUGGUGCCACAACACGUAACAGGGUGCCAUCAAUCAGCUGGCUGAAGCAGUGUUACCAGACUAUUGACAGGAGGUUACGCAAGAACCUGAAAUCUCUCAUUGUUGUCCAUCCAUCCUGGUUCAUUAAGGUGAUAUUAGCUAUUACCCGGCCUUUUAUAAGUACAAAGUUUAGUAGAAAAGUUCGGUUUGUCAGUAGCCUACAGGAACUUUCAAAGUUAAUUCCCAUGGAACAUGUACAUAUCCCAGAAUGCAUUAAAGAGCUGGAUGAAGAGUUAAAUGGAAAUUCAGAAACCUAGAGAAUCUGUCUUUGUUGUGGAAAUCCACUGGAUUCAUUUAUAUCUAAUGUGGAAAAGACAUUUUUAAAAUAAUAAGCACAUGUAAACACAAUGUAAAAAAAAAUCAAGAAUAGUGUUGGAGAAUCUAUACUGCUUUAAAGUAAAUUUCUUUCCAGCACACUCUUAACAGUACUCUAUAACCAUCGGAAAAACCGUCAUAGGUGGUGGGUUCAUUUUCUAAUACCUGCUGUGCUAGCUGAUUUCAGCAAAGGCAUUAUCAUCAGACUUGGCACCUCUGGGUUAGGGAAGAAAUAAAUUGACUUGGGUUCCUAUUCUGCACCACCAACCAACAAUUCCCUGCUGGAAAAUGCUCAUUUGUGGAAAGUGGGUGAAGACAGGAUUAAACUCUUAUGAAGAACCUGAGAAUCAGUGUGUAAAAUUGGGCAUGAAAAAUGGUGAAUUGAGUGUAAGAAGCAGACAUUGCCCAUGGGUGUGUCAAUAUCAAGAGCCUCUGCUAUUUUCAAUGAAUAACAGUCAAGGUCAAAUAUAUACAAACGACAUCAGGGUCAACACACAGAGUGUGCCUUAUAAAAUAUUUGGGAUAGUUCGUUCCUGUAUGAACUCAAAUCAAUUGAAUACCCUUCUUCUAUGUCUCUUUUGUGAAUAGCUUAUUGAGUGGAGGGUUAACAGAACCUAUCUAAUUCUGAUUAAAGCCAAAAGACGUGUUAACCUGCUUUAUGGUAACAUAUUAAAGAUGGAAAUAGAAUCUACUCACGACCCAAGGGGUGGGUUUCACAUUUUUUUUUAAAUGAAUCACAAAUUAAAUUAAAUUGAUACCUGGAACCUAAGCUUUUCAGUCAAUGCCAAAAUGUAGGUAUCUCCCUUUCUUUUGGGGGUUGAACCACUAACAAUUAUAUUUGUAACGAGAAAUUCCAGUUUUGAGAAUGGAAGAGAUGAGUGGUUUGUUGACUGAAAUGUAACACAUUAACUUCCAGAAGAGCCCCUGGGUCAGAGGGUUGAACCCAAGUUAUCUGUUAGCUUACAGUAAAAAAUAAUAUUUUUCAAGUAAGUCAAAAAUACCUUGUAUCUUUGUAUGUUGUUCCAAGACAAACAUGUUCUUGACAGUAGUGUUGGAGGAGUUGAGCCUUGUAUCAAUCUGCUAGCCUAUUGUUGAAAAAGUCCAUAUUUUAAUAAUAAACCUCAGGAAGGAGAGACUCAUUUAUAUAUAGUUAUUGUAUGGAAAUGUGUAAGGGAAUGCUUUUUAAUCUUAAUACAUCGGUUUUCUUUUAAGCACCAAUAUGAUUUUUAAAAAAUUGAUUUUUUUUGAAAAUGCCUUGCCUUUUGAACAAGAAAAAAAAUGGCAGUGAGGCAAAAACCCAUACAAGUAAGAGUAGGGUUGAUGCAAGAAAAUGGAAAAAUCCCCUCUAACUUCCUUGGACAAUCAGAGAAAUAGAAACAGGAGGCUGCAACUCAGCGCCUCCGAUUUAAUAUACCAUUCAGUAUAGUUGCGGCUGAUCUAAAGCUGGCCCAGGAUACUGCUCCAGUUCUUUGUUGCAUUUCUCCUCUUGGUUUCUCUAAUGAUCUGUGGGCAGGAACCCCUUGAAAUCCACUUCCUAAAACUCCCAAAAUCCAGGAAGUUAAGAUAGAUUGGCAAAAAGAAGACAGCAGGGGAGUGUUAAGAAUAUGAGAUUCUCUCCUUCCUUUCCAGACUUCUAAGUACUUAGCAAUGGGAACAUGCAUACAUUUCCAGGGUUAUUGUUUGGAUAAUUCUUUCACUAUUACCAGCUGAUAGAUUUAAAGUAAGUUGCAAUUUUAAAACAAGCAUUUUGUUAUUGAAGCAUUUUUCACUUAAACACUGCACUGAGUCAGAAGGAACUGUAUGUCAGUAUGAAAUCGUUAUAAUGUAUUGGUGAUGGAGAUUCUCAUAUAUUGACAGAAUUAAGGAUUCUUAAAUUUGGAGUGUUAAACUUUAAAUUGUUAAUCCUCUUGUGUGAAUGUUACCACUGUGUUCCCACAAGUCUUAUUUAAUUUGUUGGUGCCAAUGUAUUAUAAGAUACAAGACAAACUGUACUUAAGCCAAUAUGCUUUAGUCUUCUUUUGAAAUAUUUUCUUGUUUGUGUUCUGAAUUUUUCAAACUAUCACAAUCUUCAAUCAGCAGUAUUUCAUUUCAAAGUCAUACGACUCAAAGCAUGGUCUCCCCAUAUAAUCUGAAACUGAGGCUGUGUCCUGUUGGAUUUGGCUUGGGUGAGCAGCUGAGAAAUAGUUGAGCACUGUGCCUGGUGCACAUAUCUUUCUGCAAUGCAGAGGCAGUAGUAGGAUGGCUUUAAUGUUGAUAGUGCUGAGUAGCAGAAACCACCUUGGAGCUGGUUACAUAUUGGAAUAAGUUGCUUACUAGACUUGCCAAAUAAUUCAAGGCACAUUAUUGCAUGACAGGUAUACUUUUGCACAGGAAUCCUUUGUGUGUUUUAACUGCUCCAUUUUCUUCCAGUCAUUGGAGGUUUGUAUUUGGCACCAUAACUACAGAUGUUCAUAUUUAUAUCAAAUAUAAAAGUAUUAAAAUACAAUGAUAUAAAUGGCAA